AUGUCUGACGUAUUCCGAAAGGUCGGCCGAGGCGGGGCAGGCAAUUUUUACUCGAAAAAGGACGUCGAGGACGUUGAAAAGGCCAAGCCAGAGGACGUCGAGGCUCAGAAGGACGCUGCUGCUGCCGCCACCACCACCAGUCCGACAUCGUCCUCUAACGGAUCAGCCUACGCCCGCGCCGGCCGUGGUGGGGCGGGCAACUUUUAUGAUCACUCUUCGCUGCCGGAUACCAAACAGCAAGAGGAGGCCGCGGGCAAGACACAAGCGGCGGUGAACGCCAGCUUGGCGCGGUCCGCAAGGGGCGCCACCGGGCGGGGCGGCGCGGGCAACUACGGUGACUCGACGGUGCCCGGGAGCGAGACGGCCGAGGACGAGAUCAAGCGCAAAGAGGCGCUGGAGAAGAAGAUCAUCGAGGAUGUCGAGGCGGGGCUUCCUAUGCCGCCCAAGACGUAUUAUCAUCAAUCCACAAAGGAGAGCAAGGAGGUCGCGUGA